AUGGGCCAGUCGGCUUCCAUUGAGAGUGUUCGAAGGGAAGAGAAGAGGAAAUCAGCACGUUCCGCAGCCAAGCGAAUGCGAAUCCGGCGGAGUUUAAAGCUGGAGCAAGGAGGGAACUGGUUUGACAGGGACAAAAAAAGUAAGUCGUCUAGGCUAACACAUAACCGACCAAACUCUGAACCGAGCGUGAAGUUCAUGAGCAGCGAUGAUUUAGAAGUAACUUCACAAGAGCGCGUACAAAGAAACUGUCAGACUGAGGGAAUAAUCGCCAAUGAAAGCCCAUUCUGUAAUCAUGUGCUUACUCCGACUAUUGGAGACGCGGCUGUAAGCACACGAACCGAAAAAAACUUCGAUGCGCCUGGCUACGGUGCACCGUCUUACGGGCUUGCUUGCACUGACCCCUCAGUCUCUCAAUGUGUCGGUUCAAAAACAACGGGAAAGGACAAUGAUUGGAAUGUCUCUCCGUGGACCAUGGAAAAAAAGUUUGGAGAGAGCAGUGAAAGAGGUGCAGCUGAGAGCAAGACUCAAUCGGAUGUCGCGUUACCGGUCAGAUCAGUCCCGCUUACAGCGACAAAUGUAAAGCAGCGCUCGCCGGAUUUGACUUUACCGCUGGAAAACUCAAUUCAUUCUUGUGCUGGUAUCAGUUCUCAUACAAAGGCUAAAAUGACAAAAACUUCAAAAACGCAAGUCACAUGUCCGCCGAAAUCGACGUGUCGGGGCGAACGAAACACCAGUUGUGUUAGGCCUAUUGAGAGCCACGACCAGGAAUGUUCGCUUUCUCAAGUCACACAAGAGUACCCUGUUCAGAUUGGUUCGUCAGUCAGUUACCCAGGUACCAUUCCUCGACUUGUCAUCACCCCAAGCCCAAGCCCUGCUCCUGUUCCACAAACCAGUGACUUAGGAGUCGGCGGAGAAUUUCUUGUUCAACACCCAGAUGAGGAGUCCCCUUGCUCGGACAGUGGAUGUGGAGGCUCUCCUGUUCCAUCACUGUCUUUCCGAAAACUCUCAAGUUCUUCCUCUACGUGCCUGUCCUCUGCUUCAUCGUUUGAGGAAUCCGAGGACGACCUCACGGGUAGUGACCUCGAACCGAACAGUCUCUCCCCUGGUUCAUACAACAUGCUGAGCAGCCCAGACGAUGUGGCAGGAACAAAGUCAUGGAGGAAGCUGAAGACUAUGGUCCACUGGUCCCCAUUUGUGGUGUCCUUCAAAAAGUGCUAUCCCUGGGUGCAGCUCACUGGACAUGCAGGUAGUUUCCAGGCAGGCGAGAAUGGGAAGCUGCUGAAGAAGUAUUGCGAGUGUGAGCAGCUGUGUCUAGAGCAGCUGAUGGGCGACGUGCUGCGGCCAUUUGUGCCCGGCUACUACGGGGUGGUGCAGCGGGACGAGCAGGACUACAACCUGAUGGACGACCUGCUGGCCGACUUCGACUCGCCCUCCAUCAUGGACUGCAAGAUGGGCAGCCGCACUUACCUGGAGGAGGAGCUGGUCAAGGCACGUGAGAGGCCGCGCCUCAGGAAGGAUAUGUACGAGAAAAUGGUGGCGGUGGACCCAGGCGCCCCAACCGAGGAGGAGCAGUCCCAGCAGGCCGUGCUCAAGCCGCGCUACAUGCAGUGGAGGGAGACGCUCAGCUCAACGGCCACCCUCGGCUUCCGCAUCGAGGGCAUCAAGAAGACCGAUGGGACGUGCAACACCAACUUCAAAAAGACCAAAGACCAAGAGCAGGUGACGAAGGCUCUGAAAGACUUUGUGGAUGGGAACAUGCCGAUUCUGAGAACUUAUCUUCUGAGACUGGAGGAGCUGCGCUCUGUGCUGGAGACGUCCGAGUUUUUUGGGGCCCACGAGGUGGUGGGCAGCUCCCUGCUGUUUGUGCACGACGCGUCGGGGCUGGCACGUGUGUGGAUGAUCGACUUUGGCAAGACGGUGCCGCUGCCCCCACCCAACACUCUUGACCACCGCACACCCUGGCAGGAGGGCAACCGUGAGGAUGGCUACCUGUGGGGCCUGGACAACCUCAUCGACAUCUUUAGUGCCAUGGUUCCCAGCUCUGCCUCCAAGCCCUGAGGAACCUCACACUUGACCCCCACCAUCAGCACCUCCUCCUUAGCCAAGACGAGGAGGGAUGGCUGGUUGGAGAAACUAGCUGGAUGAACAGCAGCAGGGCAGAACACUGUGAACACUCAGGAGGAGACAGACGAGAAGAAUCAGUGGCAGAGAUGAAGAGAGACUGGGGGAACUUUGAAAGGGAUAUGUUUGAAAGCGCUGAUUCUGGCAAUAGGUGCUUUCAGUGUCUGUCCCUAUUGUGAGCCUUACUGCCGUGAAACACACACACACAUACACACAUACACACACUGCCCAAGAAACAGGUUGACACUCAUCUUACUGCCUUGCACAAACGCACUCUGGCAUUUCUCACCAGCACUGCUCUCUGGCAGUCUGCCCCCUGGUGGAGAAAAUGUUCAAAUGCUCUGGCUGCCCCAGUGGCGGCACAAACAAAAGUGACUAAGGACAAAAUGGACCAAGAGAACUUUUCGUCCAAAUACAGACUUUUACUUUUUUAUAUUACAGCUGAAUACGCUACAACACUAUUGCACACUGGAUGUUUUCUGGUGGAUUUUUUUUUUUAAUGUAAAUAGUUUUAUAUUUAAUUUUCCUUUGCUAUAGUACGUGUCCCUUUUUAGAUGAGAUUCUGCAUGAAGACAAACCAUCAAACAGUUUUACACUUUAGCUAUGAUUUCCAAGUCUUUCCAAAACACAAGUGUAAAUCUGAGACUCUGAGCUCUGUGUAAUCAAAAGGAUAAGUACCAGGCCUUAUUGGAAGGGGAGAAACCCUCAGGUGGGGUCUUUCAGCUCACUGGUGUGGCACAGGCUAGAUGUUUAUCAGCAAACACAACUCUGGAAGUAGCCAAGAAGUUACAGCCAGAUACCUGUGUUUCUGAAGUAAGAGAGACCGCUAAAAAAGAAGCACCACUGUUCUGGAAGAUGGCAUCUGUGCUUGAAAGCUUGCUGCCUUAACCAUGAUUUUGAAAAUACCUCAGUUAUAAGGCUACUAUGUUAGAUGCUGAUUUUUCAGUAGCCUUAGCAGACAGCCCUUCAGUCUUCUUGAAGCUUUUUUUUUUUUUAAAGUGAAACCAGCUCAGAGGUUCAGAAUGUAUCGAAACAAAACCUAAACCUCAGGACCAGAAGAAAACCUGGACAGGGACCAUCUUUCCCUUUAGAAGCCUCUGAACAAAUUCAAUUUAGCUUACAGAAGAUGUACACAUCUUGGGAGAGUGGCAGGUAGCAAGUAUCAUUCUUUUUUCCAGUCUAAACCCAAUUAAGUUUAGGUACAGUCUACUUUUAGGAAAACUCAUUAGUUGAAAUACCUUCUCAAGGUUUGCAUACUUUGAGCAACCAUCAUGUAGUUUUCCAGUUGUUGUUGGUGGUGGCGGUUGUUGUUGAUGUAUUGGAUUUAAAUUAUUACCCCUCUUAACACGACUAAUUCUUUUAUUUAUACUUUGAGAUGCUUAGUCACUCAAAUACUUUUGCAAUUCAGCUAGGCAAUGUCUUACUUGUUCUAGAUGGCUCAAGUCCUGGAGGUUACCCUCAUCAAGUCUCACUAAAACUGCACUAAUAACUUUAAAACUGGAAUUAACUACUUUUGGCUGCCAGUGAAAUAUCUGUAUAUGGAAACAGUGGUCCUCCUAAAAUGCAGUGUCAUUUAUAGACUGGAAUGUUUUUUGUUGCUUAACGUGCCUUAGGUUGGGUGUGUGUUCAGUGCAGUUUGUCAAGUCUGCACUGGCUCUAUAUAUGGGAUCUUUACAGUUCAAACAGUUCCUCAUUUGUUUUACGAUCAUGGCAGUUGUGGUACACCACAAACGCAUUUUACCCUUACAGCGCCUUUUUUUUAUAAAUGGGACAAAACUAAACCUCUUUGAAUGUCAUUGGCAGGGACAGAAUUUUGAGUAUGCUGUAGAUAUUAACAAAAGUCUGCCUGCCCCUUACACAGAGUUGAAAUAUGUAUUGCGUGACCAGCUUCAAGUCUAUUCAGAACUUAGUUUAGACUGUUCUCUGAGUUAGCUGGUCUGUCAUCCAGCCUUCCAAUACUUGACGUUUUCCAUCAACAUUCCUUAAACCAAGUCAAAGGAAUCAAAUAUUACCGCUUCUGCGCUUUGUAUUCGUGUUCUCUUUACUCAAGGAGAGCACACAUUCCUCUGGAGCUGAUGAUGUAUUGUUUACAAAUGAUGCUAAGUAUUAUAUUUCUUAUGUAUCUUUACUGGUCUUAAUUGCAGUAAUUGUAUAUUUUCUGUCAAACUAACUAGACUUCAUGCUUUCUAUUCGACAUCCCUGACCAUUUUAGUGUGAGUUCAGGAGCUAGUGGUUGGCUGUAUUGAGAUGUUUUGCACAAGACUUUGUUAUGGCUAUGCUGAGUCUGGCUCUGCUAUCUCUGACUGCCAAUACAAUAAACUGGAACUAUAA